AUGGAUCAUAUGCUGAAGAAAGGAGCUACAAUAGAUUGGAUUGCUGAUGUAGUGGAUGUGUUUGUUGCCAUUAAAAGGGCAAUCACUGAGGCGUCUGUCCUGAUAUCACCAGACUUUGCUAAACCCUUCUUGAUUUUUUAUUUUGCUUCUCUUCACACCGUGGCAGUCGUGUUACUACAAAAGAAUGCAUAUGGUCACGAGAAGCCUAUUGCUUACUAUAGAAAGUCUCUGUCACCCAUGGAGGUUGGUGCGGAGGUAAUUGCCUAUGUCCCUAAUGCAGUGGUGAAAGACGUUCUUAGACAAACUGAAGUGACAGGGAGAAGGUGUAGAUGGAUUAACCAAAUUCAGGAAUUUAGUAUUGAUAUUAAGAUAACACAAGUUGUAAAGGGACAUGGAUUGGUCAAGUUCAUAGCCGAAGAAGACAUGGAAGAGGCUCAAGUAAAUGGAGUAGGGUUGGAAGAAACUAACCUUAGUAUUGAAAAUACAUCUUGGAAGUGUGAGGCGUGCCAGAAGUUUUCAGGGAAAAUUAAAUACCAAGGGGCAUUGCCUCUAAGACCUAUGCAUGUGGAAGAACCUUUCCAACAAUGGGGCCUAAAUUUAAUUGGACAGAUAACAAAUCAUUCGAGUGGAGGGCACAGGUGGAUAUUGGUGGCCAUUGACUACCUUACUAAAUGGGUAGAGGCAAUCCCUACCAAACAAGCUACUAGUAGGGUGGUGAUUAAAUUCAUGAUGGAGAACAUUAUUACCAGGUUUGGUGUCCCUGCAAGAAUAAUUACUGAUAACAGUAUGUGCUUUAGAUCCGAAGAACUUGAUACUUUCUAUGAGGAAUAUGACAUUAAGGUAUCACACUCACCCCCAUACAAUCCUCAGGCCAAUGGACAGGCAAAAUCUAGUAAUAAAAACAUUCUUAAGAUCAUUAAGAAAAUACUUGGACAUAACAAAAGGGCUUGGGAUUCAAAGUUGAAUUUAGCACUUUGGGCAAAUAGAAUUACAGUAAAAAAAUCUAUGGGAAAGUCUCCAUUUGAAUUAGUGUAUGGAAAACAAGCCACAUUUCCUCUUGACAACCUGCUACCAGUCCAUAAAUUCAUGAUUCAAGAAGGAAUCGGUAAUGUUCAUCCUCUACAGGAGAGGUUUGAACAAUUGGUUGAGUUAGAUGAGGUUAGAACCGAAGCACAGAAGUGA